CUCGUGCCUGAUCGGCGACUUUUAGUCCUCUGCUGACAGCAUGCCUCGCUUCACAGCCAGGCUCGGCACAUGUGGUGCCCAUGCGCCACGCCCCCUCUGUGUCUGCUGCUGCCCAGCUCAUGCGCGAGGUGCUCUAGUCGCCAUCGGAGUCCGUGAAGAGCACCGCAAUAUUGCCCCCUGCGCAGGUCGCCAACACUGUGCUUGAAGAAGGCGGCGUCGUGGUCCUCGCCAGCCUCCGCAUUCUUGCCGCACUUCACAGCCCCACUCUCGCCAAGGGCCUGCGCUGGCUGCGGGACGCUGGCCGCAAGAUGCCGUCGGCAUUGGCCCGAGACGUCCGUCCCAUCCAUCCGGCUGCGACACUCCUCAAGCAUCCAGGACUCGCCGACCAAACCCUUCGCCUGGCCGUCUCGGGUCUAACCGACGGCUCCACCAUGGACGACGGCCUGGAGGUAGGGAGCCCCUUGGCUGCAAACGAGUUCGAGGAGUUCGAGCGCGCCUUCUUUCCCGUUGGCGGCUCCGUUUCUGUCGCUCUGGACUACGACGAGGUGGAGGAGUAUGAGCGGGGAUUCCUUCCCGAGGUUGCUGACGAUGUUGGCGAUGUGCAUGGGUUUGCCGAGGUACAGCUUGCGGAUGCACUUACUCGGGACCUCCAGUUUCGGUUCAAAGAAUUGGACAAUUCGGUUGAUGCGAUCCCCACGUGGUGCGGGUUCUCUGUCACAGGGCCUGCCGUCUACGCGGCAGACGUUGACUCGGUCUUUGUGUAUUUCAAUUUCGAUCAUGCGAUGGGCGACAUAACGAGGUUCUACGAGGACUUUCUGGGCGAGGCCCAGGAGUACGUGGGCAGCCUCUUGCUCGAGUUCCGCGCUUGUGUGCAGCUCGUGGUUCAUUACAACGAGUACGACGUGGACAAUGGCGUUCGCAUUUUUGUCUGAGGUUCUAGACGGGUCCGACUCCGAAGGGGGAGUGCCAGGAGGACGGGACCUGCGUCGAGGCGAUGUGCCUCCGGUGAGCGGCACACAGCGCAAGGGUCGGGAGACUUGAGACGGGUGUUCAAUGCAAACGGGGGUCAGCCAGAGCGUCGGACCUUGGAGGAUCCUGCACGGCCAGGGGCUCUCUGACUCGAGCAUGCGUGCAAGAACUUGCAGGAUUCUGCAGGAUCUUGCAGGAUCCUGCGAAGCCUAACUGACCCGAGUUUGCAUGAACCCGGGCCAGUAGAUCCCCGAAGGGGGCACGGGCCGCAGGGAGGAGGAUGAGGACG